GGCUCCCGCCCCACCCAGCGCCAGGCCACGCCCCGGCGUGUGAUGUCAGCACGUCCCGCGCGUCGCGUCGCGGCGCUCACUGGGCGCCCGGCUUUCGCCGCUGCUGCCGCCGCCGCCGCCGCCGGCCGCGGCUGCUCUCCCAAGAUGGCGGCUCCUCCGGGCGAGUACUUCAGUGUUGGGAGCCAGGUGUCGUGCCGGACAUGCCAGGAGCAGCGGCUGCAGGGCGAGGUGGUAGCUUUCGACUACCAGUCCAAAAUGCUGGCUCUAAAAUGUCCCUCUUCCAGUGGAAAGCCCAACCAUGCAGACAUCUUGCUCAUAAACUUACAGUAUGUUUCAGAAGUGGAAAUAAUUAAUGACCGAACAGAGACCCCACCUCCCCUAGCUUCACUCAAUGUUAGUAAGCUUGCCAGCAAAGCGCGGACAGAGAAGGAGGAGAAGCUGAGCCAGGCCUAUGCAAUCAGCGCUGGUGUCUCCCUAGAGGGCCAGCAGCUCUUCCAGACCAUUCACAAGACCAUUAAAGAUUGUAAAUGGCAAGAAAAAAACAUCAUAGUCAUGGAAGAAGUUGUUAUUACACCCCCAUAUCAAGUGGAAAACUGUAAAGGCAAAGAGGGCAGUGCACUGAGCCAUGUACGCAAAAUAGUUGAAAAACAUUUUAGAGAUGUGGAAAGCCAAAAGAUACUGCAGCGCUCACAAGCCCAGCAACCACAGAAGGAGGCUGCCCUGUCAUCCUGAGUCCACAUAACGGAGGACUCUUCCAGCAUCCAGCCGAGGAGGCGACGGUGGUGGCUUCAGCGGAGGCAGGCCGGGGGAGGGAAGGGAUCCUGUAUUUCCUGCUGGCUCUUGUUAACAGAGGGUCAGCGUUUCUAAAUCUUAGACUUGAACAAACAAAACACCCAACAAAAAGAACAAGAGAAUAAUUUAAAAGUUGAAUCAUUACUUGACUAACAGACUUUGGUCCACCAUGUCCUUUUCACAGCUCCCUUCUGAAACAGUCACCUUGUUAAUUUUAUUUUCGAAAAUUUCUUCCUGGCUCUACCCUUUCCCCUCUGACUUCUCAUUUCCUAGUCUGUCCGAGUCAUUCUGUUGUUACAAGUGGCCACACUUACCUUGUGAACGAUUGAAAGAAACCUUUACAUCUUCCAAAAUAAAAGUAACAAGCUGACUGU